AUGUCUGAAAGUUCCCUAUCUCCACUUGAUUUUUAUGAAUUAAAGCAUGUUAGAACUAUAAAAGUUAAUUAAAAAGAUUUAAAGUUUCAAAAGAAAAGAACUUUGUUAUAUCAGAAUAAAGAAAUGUUAGAGAAGGAGUAUCUGAAAUUAAAUUAAAGUUGUAAUUGUUCUGAAUGUGGAAAAGGUAGUAAAUAUUUUGAGAUGAUAAAAAAGCUAUAUCCUUUUAAUGAAUCAAGGUAUGAAUUAUUAAAAUUAAAGAUGGUAGAAAAGAAAAAGAAUAUUAAGGAGAUUUAAAGCUGUAAUUAAUGCAAUAAUUUUUAUCCUAACCUAUAAAAUGGAGGCAAUAAAAAAGUUUAGAAAGAGAAUGCAUAUCCUAAAGGCGGUUCGUAAUUUGACAACUAUGAAAAAACCAUAAUAAUUAGGUCCAGCCUAUAUACAACCAUAACCAAUUAUUUUAGUUCCAUAAUCACAUUAAUCUUAAAGGUAAAUAUAUAUUCAAUAAUCAAAGAAUAAAAACAACACCUGAGAAUGAUGAUGCUCUAACUCAUUUAAUUUAAAGUCAUGGAAAAGAACCAAGAAGAAGUUAAAUAUCUUAAUAUAUGACAAAAAUGUUAAAAGAUUCGAAUUAAAAAUCAGAAAUUUACCUUAAACCUCUAAGUUAUUUAAAUAGAAAGUCAUUUUAAUCAACUAAUACAAAAUCAAUUACCUAAACUUCAUUUUCACCUCAAACUCACUCUCAUUAUUAAUCUAGUUUAGUACCAUAUAGUAAUUUUCACAAAGAUUCGAUUAAAAAAAUUUAAAAAGAUUCUUAAAAAUUUAAUAAUAGAGAUCUUGUGAAAAUUAUAGAUUCGAUGAAAGUUAAACAUAGGAUUAUUUAAUGUAAAAAAUGA